AUGGCGGACGGCUUCUUUAAGGCCCUAUUUCCGGUUCCGACCUUGAUUUCCGGUUCCGGUUUUCGGAGCGAACAACACAAGGGCACAGACCGGUCCGAGCUCUGCUCCGCUUCCGGUGUUUCCAUGCUCUUCUACUUCCGGUAUCGACGUUACUUUCCGGCUGCACUUCCGGCUUUCGGAGACACGAGGUGGAGCGGGAUGCCGAAACGGGGCAGGAACCAGCAAGAUGGCGGACAAGAGGGCGUGGAGGCGAAGCGUGGCGCGUGUGGGGCGGCCCUAUAUGAGGAUCCACCAUUGAGGGAAAGCACGAGCGACGGGCGGCCCUACAACUGGAAGGUGACGUCCUGGAACGUGGAUGGGGUCAGAGCCUGGGUGCGCAAAGGGGGAAUACAGUGGCUGCAGUCGGAGGCCCCGGACGUUCUUUGCCUUCAAGAAACCAAAUGUGGGUCGGACUCGGUUCCGUCGGAGCUGUCGGAGCUGGAGCUGCUGCCCCACAAGUUUUGGGGUUCGGCCGUGGGGAAAUCAGGGUACAGCGGAGUGGGGCUGCUCAGCAGGACCGAGCCCAUCCGGGUCACACAUGGCAUUGGCAUAGAAGAACACGACAAUGAAGGCCGGGUCCUGACAGCUGAAUACCCCACGUGUUACAUCGUCUGCGCCUACGUCCCUAAUUCGGGUCGGGGUCUGACCCGCCUCCAAUACCGCCAACGUUGGGAUCGGGAUUUUAAGGCUUAUUUAAUAGGAUUAGACACCAAAAAACCCGUUAUCCUUUGCGGGGACCUUAACGUGGCCCACGAAGAAAUCGACUUAAAAAACCCUAAAAGUAACCGAAAAACGGCCGGUUUUACCCAAGAAGAACGGGAUGGGAUGGGGGAAAUCCUAAAAGCCGGGUUCAUUGAUUCCUAUAGGGAGCUGUACCCUACAACACCCUAUGCCUAUACGUUCUGGACCUAUAUGGGGGGCGCCAGGGAGAGGAACGUGGGCUGGAGGUUGGAUUAUUUCCUGCUCUCCAAGAGAUUGGGGGCGGCCUUGUGUGAUUCCAAGAUCCGAUCCACGGCCAUGGGCAGCGACCACUGCCCCAUCACCCUCUAUAUGGCCAUGGACGGACCCAAAAUCCCAAAAUCUUGACCCAAAAUCCCACUAUCUUGACCCUAAAUCCCA